CUGAUCCUUUUGAGUUUUGCACAACUGUAGUUUGUGAGCAUACUUUUGCUCAGCAGCUAAAUAUGACUGACUUGCUUUCUAUACAAAAGCCUUGAUGCUUUAGCCAUGCAUUUGUUUAUCUGCCCUUCGUGUUUUCUCUACUCAACGUGAUGGUUUAAAUUAUGAGCUGCUCUUGCUAUGUUCCACUCUGCCCGUCAUGAUCUCCUCUCUCCCAAACGAACUUCUCUCCACCAUUCUUCUAGAGGCGACAAAUUUGAAUUCUCAGAAUUGUUGCAAGUUCAGUUAUGGAAUCACGCAAGCUCCGCAGCCGAUGCAAGAUGUGAAAGCUCCGCAAAUGUAUAUCACUGGGUUCACGCCUCCAGAUGUAUUGCGUUGGAACUCUGCAUCCUCCAUCCGGCAAGUCAGUGGACGGUGGCACGAAUGGGCAGUAAGAUACUCUCUCAGGGAGCUUCUUAUCCGUAAGUGGAGAGGUAGCGAAAGAUGGCUCGAGUCGGCCUAUCUCGCAGACCCGAACGUCACAGUCUCAGGCACAGUGGUAUAUCAGGAUCCGUUCCGGUCUUUGCGGCUCACGGCAGAGCUACUUUCACGGUAUCCACAUCUUGCCGGGCAUGUUCGAAGGCUGUGGUUUGACAACAUCGUCGCUCCAGAGACGGACGAGUUUAUCUUCAGUAUCAUCCGCUCAUGCGGAAGUUUACGUUCAGCUAAAGUCCCAUGGCCAGUCAUGAGCCGUGCGUCUCAAGCUGAAUGGUCCAAUACUUUGAGGACUGUGGCGCCGGUGCCGCUGUCCUCGUUGGAAUUGCACCUAACCAGUCUGAAGAAGGCUGGUUCAAACGAUGUAGAUCCCGAUCUCUGCGUUCAUGCUUUCAACCCACAGCUAGUAGACUUUGGGAGGCUCACCCGGUUAAAGCUAGUUGGAGAGGCUCAUGAGCUGCCUCUUACGGAUGAAGACGUCGCCGACAUUGCCCGCACCGCGAGGAAUCUCGAAGAGAUUCAUAUCGUUGAUGUCUCUACUGUGUCUAUUCAUGGCGUAAUGACUCUAGCUCUCGCAUCAAAAAACACGCUCCGUAUCCUUGAAUACUGGCCUUCAAGUCACACAGGACAUGCACUUACUCUGCACAUUGACGAAUCCAACUACAUUUCUCUCUGUCCGGAAGAUAAUGUCCGUUCCACACAUGAGCUUCCACAUCCUUCUCUGCCAGGCGAGCACGCCCCUACCAGCACACAACAUAUCUGCCACGAGCUUCGCCAAUUAUCUAAAUUGGAAGAUCUCUCGAUUACCUUGCCAUCCGUCUGUCAUGAACUUUUCUCAACUUUCGGUCCAGGAAACGUACCCUCCUGCGACCAUUUCUCGUGGUCAGGCGUUUCAAAGGAUAUCCUGAUUCGCGCCAAUGGAUUCUGUCAUACUGGUAAGACCACCGGUAGCGGUCGCGAUAGCAGUAGCAGUAGCAGCAGCAGCAGCCAUACUUCUAACGCUCAGGUUCCUGCUGCCCUGUCCGCCGAGUCCAGCCAGCCUCAGGACCAGGUAGAUGAGCUUGUGUCUCAUGAGGGCGAACCUCUUCGCCAAUUGAUCGACGCAGCGCGGUCCUUUGUCGCAGUACGCCAAUGGAGAUAUCCGUCGGCGCGCCAGACGCAAGACGUGCGCAUCGACGAUUCGGAGACGUUUGAGCCUGGGGUUGAGGUUUCGUUAUGCUAAUUCUGGCAGUUUUUGAUCCUUUCGCAAAAGUAAAAGCUUUCAAUACUUACGGAAAUUGUAUUAUAUUAUGCAUUGUCGCUCGGC